AUGCGAUGGUUGCACAAUCGCUUUCUGAAUUCCUGGAUGUGUUUGACUGUUGCUGUGGUGCACGAUAUCACCUCGUACUCUCCGCACGGCGCCUACGCCCAGAGCAAGUUGGCCCUUGUCCUGUUCACCUACCGGCUGCAGCACCUGCUGGCGGCCCAGGGCAGCCACGUCACCGCCAACGUAGUUGACCCCGGCGUGGUGGACACGGACCUCUACAAGCAUCUCUUCUGGGGCACACGGCUGCUCAAGAAGCUGUUUCACUGGUGGCUUUUCAAGACCCCGGAUGAAGGAGCCUGGACCUCUGUGUACGCAGCUGUCACCCCGGCCCUGGAAGGGGUUGGCGGCCGCUACCUUUACAACGAGAAAGCGACCAAGUCGCUGGCGCUCACAUACGACCGGGAACUUCAGCGACAGCUGUGGGCCAGAAGCUGCCAGAUGACCGGCAUCCCGGAUGGGAGCGGGGACGCCGACUAGGCGUAGCUGCUGCGUCAGGAAGGCAAUGCCUUCAGCCCCCCCAAAACCCAGUCCGUGAAGGAUCCCGUGUGUGCAUUUUCAGAGUCUCCUGUUGGCCGCCCUGCCUGGGGCAGGGAGUCAGGGAGUGAGAGAAACGUUGCUUGUAACCCCGCAGGUGGUUCUCAGCUGUGCAUCCUUGAUCCCAAAGUGUCAAAUUGUUACAGGUGCAUCAAUAAUUAAACCCUGCCACGCACGUGUGCUCAUUUUCUGCCUA